CUUUAUUCGAGCGUGUCGACUCGCCUUUCUCUCCUUUAAUUGUUCUACGGUCAUGUCGGCCGUAAGUUUGAAUUCAGGUUAAUCGCUGCGAAGUUUUUAUUUGUUUGAGAAAAUGUGAGAAGGGAUUGAAGGAAGAAUGAAAGAAAGCGAGACACUGUACGUUUAGUUCUGGAAUCGAUCUGUCUGAGUAGAAAAUAAGAAGUCUACGUGAUUUCUCGGCAUACUUUCAGCCUUAUGUAACUUAUUGUGUAUAUAUGGCUCAUCUGUGAUUUAUAAAUUCACCUUUGACGUAUUGAAAUAAAUUUGUCAGAUUAUUAUUUUGUUAGUAAAGAAUAGACGACAAAAAUGUCGAUCGACUUAUGCGAGGCGAAGGAACAUUUUAUCGAACUAAUGCGAUCGUUAAACAGAAACGAUCAACAAAAGUUUUUAUCCUUCAUUGUAAAAGAAUGGGAGAUAGAACCGCCUAUAUUUUACGAUCACACAGGAGAUGAUAUAUAUGACUGUGGUAAAGACAAUGACACAGAUUAUCCGAUAUUUAUGUUAAAUACUAUUGUUUCUGAUAUUAAACAGAAGGUCCCAUUCAAUGCUAUAUUGCCAUCUGAAAAUAUCAUAAAACCUUCCUCAGGAUUGAAUUCAGAUUGUGACUCCAAUAUAACGUUUCACAUGGACCUGUUCCUUUACGAUGAUGACGAUUUGAUCGAGCUUGAGAAUAACGAGCAAUUACAAAGAUACUACUGUCUUGAUUGUGGGUCUAGAAACAUAGAACCGUUAAUUUAUAUAUCACACUCCAUAUCACGGAAAGCGUUGUGUUACAUGUUUAAAACGUGUCUACCGAAGUUAAAGGACAAAACCAUACUUGAUGUGGGUUCAAGAUUGGGUGCAGUUCUCUACGGAGCGUACGUCUAUACAGAUGCCCCGAGAAUUAUCGGCGUUGAAAUGAACGAGGAACUCUGCAAUCUUCAGAAUGAUAUUACACGCAAGUAUAAGAUGGACGAUCGUAUAACUGUUUUUCACAAUAGAAUAGAAGGUGUGCCAGAGGUAAUUGAGGAAAGUGACGUUAUUAUCCUGAAUAAUCCGUUCGAAUUUUACUUACCUGAGGAUGUACAGAUAGAUAUAUGGAAGUUUCUGAGAGCUACAAUAAAGAAAGGGACGAUCCUUGUCACUUGUCCAUCCAUCGAAGUGACUUUUAAGACUUUACAACUUGACGAUUCAAUAGAAACGUGGUUAAAACCUUGUGAGAGAUUGUACUCGAAUAAAUUCCCUGAUUUACAUAUCACGAAUGGGGACGAGUUUUCUAACAUGUCAUGUUACGAAGUCCUUUAAGCAGUUAUUUGUAAUUACGAUGUAAUUACAAGACACAAGUUAUGUUUUCAUUAUAUUCCCUUGUCUAUAGGUUUAUUGCAGUUUUAUUGAAUGUUGCUAUGAAUUAGAGUGAAUAAAACGAUGGACAAAUAAGUCUUC